AUGACCACAGCCAAGGCGUUGAAGCUCUACGGUGAGAGGCUUUCGGAAUGGGAGAGGAACGAGAUCAGGAAAUACCCGGAAGUGUGGUUCUUGGGAUUGGAAGCCAACAAAGUUCAGGCCAGAUCCAACCUUCCCAACAAUUGCGGCUUCGAUGACGAGAACGGUAGUUAUAACAAGCAAAUCCACGACCAUAUAGCCUACAGAUACGAAAUUCUAGAAGUCAUUGGAAAAGGCUCCUUCGGCCAAGUUAUCAGAGCUAAUGACCACCGCACAGGCAACCAAGUAGCCAUCAAGAUCAUUCGCAAUAAGAAGCGGUUCCAUCACCAAGCGCUGGUGGAGGUCAGGGUCUUGGACCAUCUCCGGCUGAAGGACAAAGACCAAUCGCACAACGUCAUCCACAUGCUCGAUUACUUCUACUUUAGGAACCAUUUAUGCAUCAGUUUCGAACUAAUGAGUAUUAACCUGUACGAAUUGAUCAAGAAGAACAACUACCAAGGCUUCAGUUUGAGUUUAAUCAGGCGGUUCGCGAGCUCGCUGCUGCGAUGCCUCAGGCUUCUUGAGGCUGAAAACAUUAUCCAUUGUGACUUGAAACCGGAAAACAUAUUGUUAAAAGCAAGAGGAAGCUCCUCAAUCAAAGUUAUAGACUUCGGUAGCUCCUGUUACACUCAUGCACGCGUCUACACAUACAUACAGUCACGGUUCUAUCGAAGUCCCGAGGUUAUUCUGGGACUGCAGUAUGGAACUCCUAUCGAUAUGUGGAGUAUGGGUUGCAUCCUUGCAGAACUCCACACAGGCUACCCUCUCUUCCCCGGUGAAAAUGAGGCAGAACAACUCGCUUGCAUCAUGGAGUUACUAGGACCACCACCUCCAGAUCUUCUGUUACAAGCCUCUAGGAAGAGACUGUUCUUUGACUCAAAAGGUUCUCCACGCAGUGUGACAAACUCCAAAGGUCGUAAACGACGCCCUGGCUCAAGGACCUUAGCUGCAGCAGUACGUACUGAUGAUCCUGCAUUCCUGCACUUCCUCCAUAGAUGUCUAGAGUAA